GUAGUGGUGGGCCUAAAAUUUGCAUUACCCUUAAUGAAUAUGGACAACCAGUUGGUAGGAACAGCAAAGAGUUUGGUAAUUUCAUAGGAACUUUGGUGAGGAAAAAUAUCCCUGUUUCUUGUGAGGAUUGGAGACUAGUUGAUUCUAAAAAGAAGUUUGAGUUAUGGACAAAAGUGAAGGAAUACUAUGAAAUGGAUGAAUCUGGUAUAGAUUAUGUUAUAACAUCUGCAGCAAAAAAGUGGAGAGAGUUUAAGGCUGACCUAAAGAACAAAUAUUUUGAUGAAACAUUGAGUUUUGAAGAGCUUAUUGCUAAAAGGGAUGAAAGGGUGAAAGAAUCUGAUUGGGAGUGGUUGAUAACUUAUUGGAUGUCUCCAGAAGCCGAGGUACAUGCUGGUUUGUUUUGAAUACUUUUUUGAGAUACAAACCUUCAUUAAACUAUUGUAUGGAUGAAUUUGUAUUAUUGUUUUGAUAGAUUCAUAUUUAUGUUGUAGGUUCAUUCAAACAGAGGUAAAGAUAACCGUUCAAAGCUGACUAUGUCGCAUGCAGCUGGCAGCAAGAGUUAUGCUCGUGUGGGUCAUGAACUGGCCGAGCAACAAGGACGCCCUGCGAGAAGAGAUGAAAUAUAUGUUAGAACACACACGCGUAAGAACAAAGAAGGGGAUAUUGUGCCUCUACCUGGAGCAGAAAUAUUCAUUAAUAAAUUUGAAGAAGCUGUUGCUGAGAACCCAGAACUGAAGGACAGAAGUAUUGAAGAUGGUGAUUUAUAUGCACAUGUUUUUGGAGAGAAAGAACCAAGAGGUCGUAUUCGUGGUUUAGGCUUAGGACCAACUCCACAAGAUGUAGGCACCCCUGGAACUCAAAUGAAAAUAUCAACAAAGCUUCAAAUGGCAUUGCAAGCUCGCAGUCAGUCUGAGCAAGAGGUUAGAGCCUUAAGACAGGAUAUGAACCAAAUGAAAGAAAAAAUGGAUCAAAUUUAUCAAAUGAUGGUAGCAGCUCAAGGGGUGCAACAUAUAGAAAGCCCAUCACAACAUGGGUCUAAUUCUCGACAGAACUCAAGGGUGCAUCGUUCAGAUGAGGUAGCACAUGAUUACAAUGGUAAUAACCAUUCACAAAAUAUGGUUGAAGAUGACUUCCAACUUACUAGGCGAGUUGCAAGCACUAUGGGUCGUCUAAGGAAUCGUGAAGAUGUUAAUACUAUUGAAGAGCAAAGUCACAGGCGAGACAUUGCAACAAUGGUACCUCAAAGAAAUCAUGGAUCAUCUCAAAAUGCAGAUGAUAAUCCUGUUGGUAAAGAAGUGAUAUUAUAUUCUAUGAUGAGAUCAGAAGUUCCUGUUGCAAUAGCAAAUAUUAUCUCAACCGACCCAACCACUAAGGUGGGAGAUGUUCCUCUUGGAAGGGAGUUCACACAGGUUUUUGUGACUCGCGUGCUAAAAAGGGAAAGUACUCUGCCACGACCAUACUUAGGUGUAGAGAGUAUGGGAGAUGCUCUUUUUAUGCCCGUUGCAUGGCCAACAAACAAGAUGGGUCGUAACAAAAAAUCAACGUUGACCCAAGGUUCUACAGCAGCAGAACUUAUUCGGUGAUCUUUUGACCCAUCUUUGCUGAUACCGACAAAGUACGCAUGCUGCUGUUGUCAAGGGAAGAGGUGCUGGAAGCAAGGAUCAGAGUGCUUGAAGUGUGUGAAAAAUGAUUACUCGCAUGCAUGCUAGCCGUUGGCGUAACACCCAGCUGAUGGAGAGAUUUUAGUUUGCUAGAUGAAUCUUUAGACUUUGCAUGUAAUAGAACUGAAAGAUCACUUCAGAAUUUAGAAAACAUGUAUGCUAUUAUUUUUAUAUGUUCAUCACACAAAUUGUGUUCCAAAACAAUAUAUGUUGGAAUUCAAAGUCAAAGAUUGAUCUCUUUCUUUUAGUAAUCAAAUUUCAUAUAUUCUGAGCUA